AUGGAGAUAGCCUUGGUGAGUUUUGAGAACGGCGGCGCUAAAGGGAGCGGUGGCGGCGGCGGCGGGAACAAUGCCGAGGAGAGCUGCCGGAACGCGCUGAACGUUCCUCAGUCGGGCUUCGUUCAAACUGGGCUCGGAGAGGACUACGGUAAAGAGCUGAAUACCCGGGGGAGUCCUCAGCAGCAUCAUCAUCCUCAGCAGCAGCAGCAGAGCUCCUGGAAAAUCAACGACAUGAACAACACUUUCAGCUGCAGCGAGAACGCCAUGGAUGCGCUUUUACGCGCGGACCACAGUCCCCAUCUGUUCGACGAGGACAUGCUGGACAUGGACAUGGACACGGAGAGCAACGAGAGGGUGCUCAUCAACAUAGCAGGGCUCAGGUACGAGACCCAGCUGGGCACCUUGAACCAGUUCCCUGAUACUUUACUGGGAGACCCCGCCAAGAGGAUAAAAUACUUUGACCCGCUCAGGAACGAGUACUUUUUCGAUCGCAACAGACCGAGUUUUGAUGGGAUUUUGUAUUUUUAUCAGUCGGGAGGGAAAAUCAGGAGACCUGUCAAUGUGUCAAUUGAUGUGUUCGCGGAUGAGAUUAGGUUUUAUCAGCUGGGGGAGGAGGCCAUGGAGAGGUUCCGUGAGGAUGAGGGGUUUAUAAAAGAGGAGGAAAAGCCGCUGCCUCAGAAUGAGUUUCAGAAGCAGGUCUGGCUCAUAUUUGAGUAUCCGGAGAGCUCCAGUCCGGCGCGGGGCAUCGCCAUCGUGUCUGUGAUUGUCAUCACCAUAUCCAUCAUCACCUUCUGCCUGGAGACGCUGCCAGAGUUCAGGGAUGAGAGGGAGCUGCCGGUCACCAGCCGGCUGGACAACAGCACCGCGGUCCGGCCGUCCCUCACCUUCACAGACCCCUUCUUCAUCAUAGAGACCACGUGCGUCAUUUGGUUCACUUUCGAGCUGUUCGUGCGCUUCUUCGCGUGCCCAAGCAAGUCGGAGUUCUCCAAGACCAUCAUGAACAUCAUCGACAUCAUGUCCAUCAUGCCUUACUUCAUCACAGUGGGCACGGAGCUGGCGGAGCAGCAGGGUCAGGAGCACCAGAACGGACAGCAGGCCAUGUCCCUGGCCAUACUGAGGGUCAUCCGUCUGGUCCGGGUCUUCCGGAUCUUUAAGCUCUCCAGACACUCCAAGGGCCUCCAGAUCCUGGGGCAGACUCUUAAAGCCAGCAUGCGGGAGCUCGGCCUCCUCAUCUUCUUUCUCUUCAUCGGAGUCAUCCUCUUCUCCAGCGCCGUGUUCUUUGCUGAGGCGGACGAGCCGGAGUCCCACUUCUCCAGCAUCCCCGAUGCCUUCUGGUGGGCCGUGGUCACCAUGACCACCGUCGGCUACGGCGACAUGAGGCCGGUGACGGUGGGGGGGAAGAUCGUGGGCUCCCUAUGCGCCAUCGCCGGUGUGCUCACCAUCGCGCUGCCGGUGCCGGUCAUCGUAUCAAACUUCAACUACUUUUAUCACAGAGAGACGGACCAGGACCAGUCCUCGCUGAAGGACGAGCCGAACAGCGUCCGAGCGAGCCCGGAACUGAAACGCAAAGAGAGUAAAUCAUCAGCCAAGCAGGACGCGGAGAACAACGACGGGGCCGCUUCUGUGGAGAAGGCGAAUAUCAAAGCCAACAGCAGCAUGGACUUCAAGAGAUCCCUUUACGCAUUCUGCUUGGACACACGGGAGACGGACCUGUAG